AUGGCACACGAUGAGCUGAUCAAGAAGCAAACGACACAAGUCCUCGAGCGGCGAGGCGAGGAAGGAGGCGGAAAAGGGACGACUCGACGGAGUGGAGCCAAGCGGCAGGGAAAGCCACGCAAACAGAGAGUUGAGCGCGGUCCGCGGCCGUUUGAAGUGCGAUGGCGACCUGUUAGCGUGGCAGCGGAUUACAACAGAGAACUGCGUACGGUGCCAGCCACUAGCCCUCCUAUGGAGCUGUUCGAGAACGCAAGGCAGGCGCUGUUGAGAGACGUGGUUGAGAACGGCGUCGCAGGGCCUGAGGGGCUGUUUUCGUUGCCUGCAAUACCACUUGACCCGGCGAUGGGGACCACAGCGGACUGCGAUCAGCAGCUUGAAAGGGCUAUCAUUCUGCCUCGCGAGAAGACCUCCAGAUCGCCGGGAUCAUCUCAAAUCAUCUACGAUAGUUUAACAUAUUCCCGUGCUCGUCAAGAAUUCGACCAGCAAAAUUCCCCAGUUCUUCCCAAAGGUGCAAUCCUUAAAGACCUCUACGCCAACGUCCCCGAGGCGAAAGACUACCUGUCCUCCCGUCUUUUAGUACACGAGGACCAGAUCGCGCCAGUGGAGAGCACAGAUGCCGCGGAUGCCCGCGGCGCUGGCGGUAAGAGGAAGAGAAAUCCGCAAUAUCCAUCUCAGUCCGCGGACGACGCCAAGAAGCUCAAGCUCCGUUACGCCACCUGCAGAAACUGCGGAAAAGACUUCGACGUGACCGAGAACACGAGCACCAGCUGCCAUUUUCACACGGAGCCAUACGAGAUGAAUCAAGACUACUUCCAGGAUGACUGGGAAGAAACUGCCGGUGAAUGGUGCAAAGAGGACUGGCCUGAGGCGUUUGUCCACGGCUGCUGUCAGCGAGAUAUCACUCAGGACCCUUGCGCAACAGGAUACCAUCAGGGCAAGGUCCGGAGAUAG